AUGAUUAAACGCCCUUCACCUGGCAUUCUCUCAACGGUCGGCCACGGCCUUCGGUCCAAGCACCGUCCCUCGUCGACCCUACGGAGCGCUCCCAAGAUGGCUCCCGUCUGGCUACAACCCUACCUCGAUCAUUUGCCUCAGAAGAGCGCACCCAAGCUCUAUGCUUGGAGCCUGUCCAACUUGGACCAAAAUAAUUCAGUCUUGAGCCCCUCGGCCAGUCGGUCAGAUGGAUCAAUUUUUCAUCAACAACACCGCAAUCGCCAACAGCGUAUCUACGUUCUUGGCGUUGGGAACUUAGGGAUUCUCUUUGCCAGCUCGCUUGCGUCUCUACCUAAUCCACCACCGAUAACCCUCGUUGUUCACCGCAAAGAGCUUCUGCUGUUAUGGAGACAGCAACCAGGUAUCGAGGUCACUCGGGGAGACUCUACGCAAAAGUAUUUGGAUUUCGAUGUGGAGCUAUGGUCCGAAGAAGAACCGAUCUUAGGUCCAACAAGAGAGGUUGCGGAUGGACAAGAGAUUUCCAACCUGAUCGUAACGACCAAGGCAUCCCAAGCUCUUCCGCAGGUUGAUCGAGCACGUCGCUAUCUCAAUGACCGCUCCACGGUUGCUUUUGCUCAAAACGGCAUGUGCAAACUUUGGCCACCUCACGGCGACUCCUACAUGGCAUCGCGGUAUGCAGAUGCAUCUGCUCGUCAUCCCAACUGGCUGGCUUGUGUAACAACCCACGGAGUGACUUCGUUGGGCCAGUUCAAGAGUCUACAUGCCUCCAAGGCAGACCUCAAGGUUGGACUUGUGUUUCCAAACAAUUCUGGCAACAACGGCUCUUAUCUGUCGAAUAUACUCGCCGAAUCACCUCACCUCAACGGCCAUGUCGUAGCACGCAACGAGCUAUGGGUAUUGCAGCUGGAGAAACUCGUGGUCAACUCUGUCAUCAACCCACUAACCGCCAUCCUUCGCUGCAAAAAUGGCGAUCUAUUCACGAAACAGGACGGCCCCAUAGCGAGCAUUAUCAAUUCCCUGUUGAUGGAAGCCAGCAAUGUUCUUCAAGCCCUGAUUAAAGACCGAAGCACCGAAUCUAUCCUACAAACAGUCCCUGGAAUGCCAUUGGCAGCGGAGAACGAGAUGAUCCGCAAGUACGGUCCUCAACGUAGCGAUCUCCUGGACCGCUUUUCUUACGACAAGCUCAAGGAAAUGCUUUACAGUGUUGGACAAAAGGUCCGAGAAAAUACGAGCUCCAUGCUCCAAGACGUUCGUGCUGGCAAACCAACUGAGGUCAACGAGUUCAACGGAUGGCUAGUUGAGAUGGCUGCCUAUCUCGAGUGUGGGAUUAACGUUGUCCAUCACAAGAAUCUCGUCGAUCUUGUGGAAAAUGGCACGGUGUUGAACGAAGAGUCUCUCGGCCAGCACUUCUCCAACCUAGGAGAACACCACUAA